UCUGGUAUCCAGGUAGCCAAAUCAAUCUGUGUACACAGGGCAAGGUUUAUCAUAUCACGGCUUGGUUGGUAUUGUGGUUAUCCUAACAGUGCAUGCACCUUGAACAGCCAAGGGCUGUGGUGUAAAGAUGGCUAGGUCUGUACUUCUCCUAGUCAUAGCGUGUGCAGUGGUAUUCCUGUCUUGUGUUCACCUUGGAAAUUCUCAGUGUGAUACUGUGAGGAUCGGUGCAGUUGUGUUUGAAACUCUGCAACCAUUACUGGACGGCAUCAGGAGUGACAUUGCCUCUCUCGCUGAGAUAGUGAGCCAGCAAAAUGAGACACUGAUACAUCUGAACGACAGUGUGGUAAGCCUAAUGAAUGAAUUCGAUGAGUACAAAAGUGAAGUUAAAUCUGAUGUUGUAGCACUGAAUUAUUCGAUUUCAAAUGUCCUUGGAGAU